AGAGGCAUCAACACAGUAUGAGCCGGUCGCUGGGCCGACUCGCCCAAGGUCGUAUCAAUUGUUUUGCCCAGCAACGCCGAGUAGUAGAAGCAGCUACGAGCAGCAGCAGCCACAGCCGCAGCAGCGAUAUCGCAACACCUUCAACGACGGCAACACCACUUGGCCGUCGAGUCUACAUCAUCACGGGCGCGGAAUCGGCAACGAUUACUAUUACGACGAGCCGGAGCAGCAGCAGCCGCAGCCGCAGCCGCAUCAUCGCGCCUCGUGGCGUCGUCGUCCUGCGUCGUCGACGACAUUUCUGUCACCGGAGCCAGCCUCGCAGCGGGAGCAGCAGCAGUACCAGGAGGCCAGUCUCAUACAAAGGAGAAUGACGCAGAGGGAGGAUGCGCUCAAAUUCGAGCAAAGCCGCAUCAAGUCCCUCCAGGAGGAACGACUUCUCAUACAGAAGAAAACCUUUACAAAAUGGAUCAACUCCUUCCUGCUCAAGGCACGAAUGGAAGUGGAGGAUCUGUUCGUCGAUCUGGCGGACGGCAAGAAAUUAUUGAAACUGCUGGAAAUCAUAUCGGGUGAGAGAUUGGCCAAGCCGAACAAUGGCCGGAUGCGCGUGCACAAGAUCGAGAAUGUCAACAAAUCGCUGGCAUUCCUUCAUACCAAGGUACGGCUGGAGAGCAUCGGCGCGGAAGACAUCGUCGACGGCAAUCCGCGCCUCAUACUCGGCCUCAUUUGGACCAUCAUUCUGCGCUUUCAAAUACAGGAGAUCGAGAUCGACGUCGACGAGGAGAACGAGAGCAGCGAGAAAAAGUCGGCCAAAGACGCCCUUCUGUUAUGGUGCCAGCGCAAGACCACCGGCUAUCCCGCGGUCAAUAUUCAAGACUUUACAGGAUCAUGGCGAAGCGGUCUGGGUUUCAACGCGCUGAUCCACGCCCAUCGGCCGGACCUCAUCAAGUGGUCGGAUCUUCAGCAGACCAAGCACAUCGACAAUCUGAAUUAUGCGUUCGACGUGGCGAACUCGGAGCUGGGCAUACCGCGGCUGCUCGACGCCGAGGACGUCGACACGCAGCGGCCCGACGAGAAGUCCAUCAUGACCUACGUCGCGUCCUACUAUCACACGUUCGCCCGCAUGAAGAACGAGAUAAAGAGCGGCAAGCGCAUAGCCAAUAUCGUCGGUCAGAUGAUGGACGCGGACAAGGCCAAGAUCCACUACGGCAAGCUCGUCGGCGAGCUGCUCGAGUGGAUCAAGCACAAGAUCGCCGUGCUGGAGGAUCGCAACUUUCCGAACUCGCUGGAGGGCAUACAGCGCGAGCUGCUGGCCUUCAAGCAGUAUCGCACGGUGGAGAAGCCGCCCAAGUACAAGGAGCGCUCGGAGAUCGAGGCGCUCUACUUCCAGAUCAACACGCGCCUCAAGUCCCUGAAUCAGCCGGCCUUCGUGCCGCAGGAGGGCCAGCUGGUGAACGACAUCGAGCGCAAGUGGAUCGAGCUCGAGCGCUGCGAGCACAGGCGCGAGGUCGCGCUUCGAGGCGAGCUGCUGCGCCAGGAGCGCCUCGAGCAGCUCAACUACAAGUUCGAGCGCAAGAGCGUGCUGCGCGAGGGCUACUUGAAGGAGAUGAUACAGGUGCUCAAGGACCCGAGAUACGGCAGCAAUUUGGCGCAGGUCGACGCCACCGUCAAGAAGCACGAGGCCAUAAGUGCCGACAUUCUCGCGCGCGAGGAGCGCUUCCACGAUCUGUCCAACAUGUCCGAGGAGCUGGUGCGCGAGCGGUACCACGGCGCCGAGCGCGUGAAGCAGCGCGAGCAGCAGGUGCUGCAGAACUGGACCGAUCUCAUCGCGCUGCUCGACCGGCACAAGAUCAAUCUGGCGGCGCUGAGCGCGCUGCUCAGUCUGAUGCGCGAGAUCGAGGCCAAUCUCGACACCGUCAAGGAGCUGCAGCUCUGCUUCCAGAGCACCGAGGUCGGACCCCAUCUGCUGGGCGUCGAGGAUCUGCUGCAGAGGCACAGUCUGCAGGAGCUGCAGGUCACCGCGCUGGGCGAGAGCCAGAGGAGACUGUCGAGGCAGGCGACCCAGGUGCAGGCCCAGGUCAAGACCCAGGCGGACCUGACGCCGACCACGAGUCCGCAGCAUCCGAUCCUCGUCAAGGAGUCGCAGCUGUUGGACGUCAAGCUGACGCAGCUGAACGAGGCCUACGGACAGCUCGGCGAGUACAGCAAGGAGCGCAAGGCCAGGCUGGAGGACGCCAGGAACUUCUUCCAGUUUUUGCAGGAUCACGAGGACGAGGAGUCGUGGCUGGUCGACCGUCAGCGAAUCUGUCGCGCCGGUAUACUGGCCAAAGAUCUUCGUGCUCUCAUAUCGCUGCAGCAGAAACACAAGGCGCUCGAGGACGAGGCCAAAACGCGCCGGCCCAAGUCCGAGCAGCUGUGCCAGGCCGGCAAGAGGCUCGUCACGGAGCAGCAUCCGUCCUCUCUGGAGAUCGAGAACAGACUGGAAUCGCUGCAGGAGCACUGGCGAGUCCUCGAGGAGUUGCUGGCUCUGAGGAAGAAGCAGCUGGAAGAGGCCGGCGAGGCUCUGCAGUUCUGCGCCGACGCCAACGAGGCCGACUCGUGGAUGAAGGAGAAGAUGGCUCUCGUCGCUUCCGAGGACUACGGGGUCGACGAGCCGUCGGCCCAGGCUCUGCUACAGCGACACAAGGACCUCGAGGGCGAGCUCAACGCCUAUCGCGGCGAUCUGCAGUCGCUCAACGCCCAAGCCGAGCGAUUGAAGGCAGCCGGAGUGUCCGCGCUGCAGGUGGACCUGUUCGAGAACAAGGCCCAGGUCGAGCCGGUGGCCGAAGUCGAGCAAGAGGACUGGACGCAGGAGGUGCGACUCGUGCCCCAGGACGAGUGGGUGGACGAGACGGUCGAACGCAUCGAGCCAAAGAUAGUGCUGGAGGAGAGACUGGUGCCCCAGGUGCGUAGUCUCUAUCCGUUCAGCGGCCAGGGCAUGAUCAUGACCAAGGGCGAGAUCAUGCUGCUGCUCAACAAGACCAAUCCGGACUGGUGGAGCGUGAGAAAGUCCGACGGCACCGAUGGCUUCGUACCCGCGACGUACGUGCGCGAGAUCGAGCCCAAAGUCAUUCAGGUUCAAGUCCGCAAACCCGAGCGUGUGCAGGUCACGCAGCGAGUCAAGAGGACGCGAAUGGUGAGACAGGUCGUGCCAGUGCGCCGUGUCAAAUCGGUCAGGUCGGCCGUGAAGCCCGCCAAGAGACCCUGCCCGAGCGACAGCGAGAAUCUGGAGAAACGCAUGAAGGCCAUCAACGACACCUACGGACAGCUGCAGGAGUUGGCGACCCGCCGACACGCCCUCCUGGAGGACGCGAUCAGGCUCUAUGGAUUUUAUCGCGAGUGCGACGACUUCGAGAAGUGGAUCAAGGACCGUGAAAAGAUGCUGAAGACCGACGACUCGAAGGACAACGUCGAGGCGGCCAGGAGGAAGUACGAGAAAUUCCUCACCGAUCUGUCGGCUUCCGGCAAGAGGAUCGAGGCGAUCGACGCGUCGGUCGACGACUUCAUCCAGCAGGGACACAGCCAAUUGGACAAGGUCCGAGCCCGACAGAAACACAUACACCAGCAAUGGGAGCACCUGAACUGGCUGAAGGCCCAGAAGGAGAAGAGCCUGGAGGGCGCCUCCAGCGUCGAGCUGUUCAAUCGCACCUGCGACGAGGCGCACGACUGGAUGCUGGAAAAGAUAACGCAGCUCGACACGGCGGAACUGGGGCCGGACCUGAAGACGGUCCAGGCCCUCCAGAGGAGGCAUCAAAAUCUCGAGCGUGAGCUGGCCCCGGUCGAGGAGAAGGUGCGCAAGGUCAAUCUGCUCGCAAACAGCGUCAAGAGCACGUAUCCGAACGAGCUGGCCAACGUGAACGCGCGACAGAACGAGAUACGCGACCUUUGGGACAAGGUCCAGCGCAAAGCCAUGGAGAGGCGAAGCCGACUGGAGGACGCGGUCGGCCAGCAGAUCUUCAUGAACAGCACGAAGAAUCUAAUCGGUUGGGCCAACGACACGCUCGAGGUGAUGGCGGUCGUGGAACCCGUCAGAGAUAUAGCCACGGCCAGGAAAUUAAUAAAGCAGCACGUCGAGCUUGGCGACGAGAUCAAAACCAAAGAGGACGAAUUCCGCGAAGUCGAAGCUUUGGGAGGACAAUUGCUCAUUCGCAAUGCAAAUAACAACGAGGUCAAGGAACGUUACGACAAACUGCACGGUUUGUACGAUAAACUGAAAUCCGAAUGGCUAGGCAAGGAGGCCUGGCUCGAGCAGUGCUUGGAAUUGCAACAGUUCAAUCGCGAAGCGGAUCAGAUCGAUGCCACGACAAGUUCACACGCUACUUUCCUCGAAUUCGACGAUUUGGGCGAGUCCCUGGACGACGUCGAGGCGUUGCUGAAGCAGCACGAGAAAUUCGACAAUACUCUUCAGGCGCAGGACGACAGACUGAAAACUUUCAGCGACGUUGCGGAUAAACUGAUAGCUCAAGAUCAUUAUGACAAACAGAAUAUCAAUGAGAAACGCAAUCAAGUUCUGGCGCGUAGAGCCAAUGUCAAGAAAGCAGCCAAACGAAGAGAGGCUGCGUUGAAGGCUUCCGAACAGUAUCAGCAAUUCUGCGCCAAAUGCGAUGAUCUGAAAGACUGGCUGAGCGAUAAAAUGAAAACUGCAUCUGACGAGACUUACAGAGAUCUGAACAACUUGGAGAGAAAGCUUCAAAACCACGACGCUUUUGAAAGAGAGCUGAGAGCUAACGAGGGUCAAUUGAGGGCGGUUAACAACGAUGGAAAAGAUUUGAUUUCCGGAAAAAACUAUCGCUUGGAAGAUGUUGGAAAUAUUUUGAAAGAUUUGAAUGAGCAGUGGGCUCAAUUAGUCGCAAUAUCGAUGGAAAAAGGCAGACGUCUACGACAGGCCGCUGCUCAGCACGGUUACAAUCGUAUCAUUGAUGACGCUCGUCAAGAUCUGGAAGAAAUCGACGUUUCGUUAGCUAGCAAACAAGUUGGCAAAGAUUUGAGGAGUUGCAAAGAUCUGCUGAAAAAACAUCAAAUGCUCGAGACAAAGUUAAACCAAUGGGAACAGAAAGUCAACGACCUCGUGUCGAUGGGUCAAGAAAUGGCCCACGAAGGCCAUUUCGAUGCCCCGAAUAUUUUAAAAACCAGCCAAGAGACGCAAAAGAAGUUCCAAGGUUUGAAGGAGCCAGCCAAACGCAGGCGCGAAGCUCUGGAGGAGAGUUUGAGAUUCCACAAAUUUGGAUUCGAACUUGAUGCCGAACGUCAAUGGAUAAACGACCAUUUACCGCAAGCGACGUCGACAGCGAUGGGACAAAAUCUUCAUCAAACUCAGUCCCUGUACAAAAAACACAAGAAAUUCGAGGCUGAAGUUCAAGGUCACGAACCGAUGAUCAUGAAAACUUUAGCUUUUGGUCAGACUCUCAUCGAUCAAUCUCAUCCAGAACAGAAACAGAUACUUGAACUGUGUAACACACUAGAAGCAGAAUGGAAAGAUUUACACAACAAAUGUACGGAGCGCAGUCACGCACUGGACUUGUCACUCCGAGCCCAAGAAUUCUUCUUCGAAGCCGGUGAAGUCGAAAGCUGGUUAGUCGAGAAGAACGACAUGCUCAAUUCGACGGAUUACGGGCGCGAUCGUGACGCCGCCACGAAGCUGCUCACCAAACACAAAGCGUUGGAGCUCGAAAUAGACACCUACAACGGCAUCGUCACGGAGAUGGGCAACACCGCCGCCUCGAUGAUCAAUUCGAAGCAUCCAGACUCCAAGUCCAUUGCCAACAAGCAACAGGCCAUAGCCCAACAGGUGCGUGCUCUGCAGCGACUCGCCGUGCUCAGGCAGCAGCGGCUCAUGGAGAGCAUGUAUAGGCACGAGUACUUCCUCGAGAGUCGCGAACUCGAGCAAUGGAUCAAGGAGCAGGAGCAGACCGCCGCCUCGGAGGACUACGGCCAGGAUUACGAGCAUCUGCUCUUGCUGCAGGCCAAGUUCAACGAUUUCAAGCACAGAAUCGAGGCUGGUUCGGAGAGAUUCAAUCAGUGCCAGGUGCUGGCUAAAAAGCUCAUCGCCAACGAGAGUCCUUACAUUCAGGACAUCGAAAAGAGACAAGAACAACUUGGAAAUGACGAGGAUGAUCCGGUGCUCCAGGUGAAUCUUAGACAUAAAUUAAUUUGCGAGUCCUGGCAGCACCUUCUGAAGCUCGUGCGCAAUCGCGAGCAACGUCUUCAAGCUGCCGGUGAGAUUCACCGUUUCCAUCGCGACGUAGCCGAGGCUCUGUCGCGCAUCCAAGAGAAAAAAGCCGCUCUACCCGAGGAGCUCGGUCGCGAUUUGAAUUCGGUCCUGGCCUUGAUCCGACGCCACGAGGGCUUCGAAAACGACUUGGUAGCGCUCGAGGCGCAAUUGCAAGUACUCGUCGAGGACUCCGCUAGACUGCAGGUUUUGUAUCCGGGAAAUAAUGCGGCUCACAUCGAGCGUCAGCAAAAGAUCGUCUUGGCAAAUUGGGAGGAGCUGAGAGAAAGAUCGGCUCAUCGCAGAGAUCAACUGCAAGCCAGUUGCGACUUGCAGAGAUUCCUCGCUCAGGCACGAGACUUAACUAACUGGAUUUCGGGAUUGUGCGCUACCAUGUCGACGCAAGACAAUGUACGUGAUGCUGCCAGUGCUCAAAUUCUCAAAGCCGAACAUGACGCUUUGAAAGGAGAAAUAGAAGCUAGAGAGGAUACCUUCAGUUCAGUUAUGGAUCUCGGAGAAGCAAUGGUACAAACUGGACACUAUGCUGCUAGUGAGGUUGAAGAAAAAUGCACUCAACUUUUGAACGAACGCCAAAAAUUGCACACGGCCUGGCAACAGAAAAAAAUUUAUCUGGAUCAACUGAUCGAUUUGCACUUCUUUUUACGCGAUGCCAAGCAGCUUGACAAUUUGUCAUCGACGCAAGAAGCUGCCCUUAGUAAUGACAAUUUUGGCGUCUCGGUCGAGGAAGUCGACGCUCAAGUAAAGAAACACAGCGAAUUCGAGAAACUCUUGCUCACGCAAGAAGACAAGUUGGCGGCUCUGCAAGAACACGGCAACAAGUUGCUCGCCCAACACCACUUCGAAUCGCGCACCAUAGCUCGCCGAUUGAACGAAGUGGUUCAGAGACGAGACGUAAUUCGUGACUUGUGCGACGCGAGAAAGACGCGCUUGGAGGCGAGCUUGCUGCACGCGCAGUUCACCAGAGACGUAGCGGAAGCUGAAAGCUGGAUCGGUGAGCGUCAAAAGAAACUGGAAGCCGAGGCUUCUAAGGGACAAGGGCCGAGUUUAGAUGACAAAAUCAAAAAAUUGCAAAAACAUCAAGCGUUCCAAGCUGAAUUGACUGCCAAUCAGAGCAGAAUAAUAGAUAUCAAUACCAAGGGCGAAAUCUUACUGGCGAAAAAACACUCGCUCAGCGACGAAAUUCGCCAACAGCUCGAUCACUUAAUGUCUUCGUGGACAAAACUGCUCGAAGAUUCCGAAAACCGUGGCCGAGGCCUCGAGGAAGCUCAAGACAUCUUGGAAUUCAACAGUCAAGUAGAAAAGAUCGAGGCUUGGAUACGCGACAAAGAGAUGAUGGUACAAGCUGGCGAAGUCGGCAAAGAUUACGAGCAUUGCCUGAGUCUUCAAAGAAAACUCGACGACGUAGACAGCGACAUGAGGGUGGACGAGGAGCGCAUCAAUAAAAUCAAUCAGCUCGCCGAUAAAUUGAUAAAGCAGGAAAAAGACAAAGAAACGAAAGCCAUUCAGCAGAGAAGAGACGAGUUUAACAAGAAGUGGUUAGGUCUGCAGGGUGCAUUGGGAGCUUACAGAGAAACCUUGGGAGGUGCUUUGGAGAUACAUCUGUUCAAUCGCGAUAUCGACGACACCAAUCAACGCGUCGUCGAAAAAUCCAUGAUUAUGAACACCAACGACGUCGGCAAAGAUCUCGCGGGCGUCGAGCAACUCGUGCGAAAGCAAGAAACCAUGGAACGCGAUAUGACGGCUAUCGAAGAGAAAUUGCAACAACAUCACGCGGAAGCUCGCGAGCUGUCGCACAAGUAUCCGGAGAGCGCUGCUCAGAUCAACGCCAUGCUGUCGGAGCUCGAUGCCAAUUGGAACGAGCUGCAGCGUCUGACGACCGAGCGUCGCACGAGCUUGAACCAGGCUCUCGAGCUGCACAAAUUCCGCAACGAGUUGCGCGAGCUCGAGAGCUGGGUAACCGAGACGAUCAAACGCAUGAACGAGGUGGAAGCGCCGGCCACCAUAUCCGAGGCCGAGGCACUGCUCGAGCUCCAUCAAGAGCGCAAGGCCGAGAUCGACGGCCGGCAAAAGACCAUUCGCGCUCUGGAGGAGCACGGCAAGCAGCUGAUACCGCUGGGUGAAAAUAUUCAGGAGAAUCUGAAUCACUUGCAGAAGCUGCAGCAGCAGCUCAAUGACGCUUGGUACAAUCGCAAGCAGAAACUCAAUCAGGCGCAUCAGCUACAGCUGUUCCGCGAGCAGGCCAAUCAGGCCGACGGCUGGCUGGCGUCGAAGGAGGCGUUCCUGAACAACGACGACCUCGGCGAGUCGCUGUCGAGCGUCGAGAAGCUCAUGCGCAAGCACGAGGACUUCGAGAAGAUGCUGAUACCGCAAUUGUCGCGCAUCGACGAGCUGGAGAAGUUCGCCCGGGUCGUGCUGUCCGAGGGCCACUCGGACGCGGCCAGCAUCGAGUCGCGCCUCGCUGCGGUGUGCUCGCGUCGCAACAAGCUCAAGAGCAGCAUCGAGAGCCGAGGCGCCAUGCUCGCCGAGAGCCGUCGUCUGCAUCAGUUCUUGCGCAACGUGCUCGAGGUCGAGGGCUGGCUGCACGAGAAGCAGCAGGUGGCCAGCGACGAGAACUACCGCGACGCGACCAAUCUGCAGAGCAAGAUCCAGAAGCACGCGGCCUUCGAGAGCGAGCUGUCGGCCAACAAGGGCCGAGUGUCCGCGGUGACGAGCGAGGGCGAGGCCCUGGUCGCGGGCAAUCACUACGCGUCCAAGGAGAUACAGGCUCGCCUCGACGAGCUCGAAGCCGAGUGGGAGCUGCUACAGGAGACCAGCAAGCUCAAGAAGACUCGGCUCGACGACGCCUACCAGGCGCUGCUGUUCAGCCGCACGCUCGACGAGUUCGAGGCCUGGAUCGACGAGAUCGAGACGCAGCUGCAGUCGGAGGAUCACGGCAAGGAUCUGUCGACGGUGGCGCAUCUGCUCAAGCGGCACACGAAUCUGGAGAACGACGUCAUGAGCCACAACGAGGCCUGCGAAUCCAUCAAGGAGACCGCGGCCACGUUCCAGCGACAGCAGCACUUCAUGCGCGACGAGAUCAAGGAGCGCGCGGACGCGACCAUAGCCAGAUAUCACGGCCUGCAGGAGCCCAUACAGAUACGCCGCGACAAUCUGGAGGAUGCCAAGCUGCUGCACCAGUUCGCGCGCGACGUCGAGGACGAGCUUCACUGGCUGUCGGAAAAGGAGAUCCUGGCGGCCAGCAAGGAUCUCGGUAGCUCGCUGACCACCGUGCAGAGGCUCCAGAAGAAACAUCACGCCCUGGAGGCCGAGCUCAUAUCUCGCGAGCCCGUGGUGUCGUCGCUGGCCAGCCGAGCCACCGCUAUGGUUCGUAGCGGCCACUUCGCCUCGGAAAAGAUCGACGCCCUGUCGAGAGAGCUGCAAGAGAAGCUGCUGCAUCUACGAGAUUUGGCAAGCAUUCGAAAGCUGCGACUUUUGGAUGCGGUCGAGUCCCAGAUGUUUUAUGCCGAAGCUUCGGAAGCCGAGCAAUGGAUCAAAGAGAAGCAGCCACUCCUCAAUUCGUCCGAUUACGGCAAGGACGAGGACUCGGUGCAGUCGUUGUUCAAAAAACUCGAGGGUGUCGAGCGCGAUCUUUGCGGUUUCACCGGCACCGUUGAGAAUCUGAAAAAAUUGUCGAAGGGAUUGGUCGAGAGGCAUCACUUCGACAGCAAAAACAUCGCCUACAAAAUGUCAGAGAUCGAGCACAAGUACGAAGACCUGCAGAACUUGAAGGAGAAGAGAUCGCAGAGACUGCUGGAGAGCGAAAAGUAUCACAGAUUCAUCAUGCAAGCCGACCAAGUGAUCGAGUGGAUCUUGGAUCAGACGACGAUCGCGGCGUCCGAGGAUUACGGGGCGGACGUCGAGCACGUCGAGCUACUCAUUCAGAUGUUCGACAAUUUCAUGUCGAGCCUGAUAAGCAGCGAGAACCGCAUGACCGGCAUCAUCGAGGCCGGCCAGAAGCUGAUCGAGGAGAAGAAUCCCGAGAGCGGCAAGAUACAUCAGAAGAUCGACGAGACCAAGCAGCAGUGGGAGGAUCUGAAGGAGCUGGCACACGCCAGGCAGGAGGCUCUGGCGGGCGCCAAGCAAGUACACACCUUCGACCGUACCGCCGACGAGACGAUCUCGUGGAUCCAGGAGAAGGAGGCCAGCUUGGGCAGCGAUCACGAGUACGCGCACGACCUGGAAACGAUCAAGGCGCUCGUGCGCAAGCAUCAAGGUCUCGACACCGAUCUCAAGGCCGUUAAAGAGCAGGUCGAGUCGGUGCUGGAGGAAGCCUCGCGACUGGCGGGUCUUUUCCCCGACGCGACGGAGCACAUCGCCGUCAAACACGAGCAGGUCGACGAGGCCUGGAACGAGCUGCUGGAAAAGGCUGCUCAGCGCAAGAGCAAGCUCGAGCAGGCUGAGCAGCUGCAGGCCUACUUCGACGAGUAUCGCGACCUUAUCUCUUGGAUCAACGAGAUGCUGGCCAAGGUGACGGCGCCCGAGCUGGCGCGCGACGUGGCCGGCGCCGAGGCGCUGAUAUCGCGUCACAACGAGUACAGGGCCGAGAUCGACACGCACGACGACGCUUUCAGCAAAUUCUACGAGGACGGCCAGAAGCUCGUUCAGCAGGGCCACUUCCUGGGCAAGGAGAUCCAAGAGAAGCUCUCGAUACUCCGCCAGAGAAGCGGAGUGCUGGAGGAGACCUGGCAGAAGCGCAAGAUCAUUUACGAGCAGAAUCUCGACACGCAGACAUUCAAGAGGGACGCCGAGGUGCUGGAGAACUGGCUCGCCAGCCGCGAGCCCAUGCUGCGCGACGAGCAACUCGGCGACUCCAUCCCCCAGGUCGAGGAACUGAUCAUGAAGCAUCAGGACUUCGAGAAGACGGUGGAGGCGCAGGAGGAGCGCUUCAAUGCGCUCAAGCGCAUCACCCUACUGGAGAAGGCGUUCCUCAAACAGCAAGAGGCCGAGCUCGCUGCCCGCCAAGCCGAGAAGGAGCGCGUCGAGCGCCAGCGGCUGGAGGAGCGCAAGCGCAAGGAGGUGCAGCGCAUCACCGAGGAGCGGAAGCGCGAGGAGGACCGGCAGCGUUACGUCGAGGGUCCGCAUCGCCACGCGAGCUCGCGCGACGAGAUGAACGGCAACUACGACGAGCGCAACGACAUGAACAGCAGCGGCGUCGGCAACGUCAACAAUCGAUCGCCCAACAAGAACAACAACAAUGACCACCUCGUGGCGGCGCAGAACAACGCGCAGCCGGCCAGCGGCAAGUCCGGCUACGGCAGCCUCAGCCUCAGCCACAUGCUGAGCGACCGGCUGCGUCGCAGCGGCGGUGCCGCCGACAACAUCAAGCGCGCCGAGAGCAUGAAGGUCGACACGAAGAAACCAAAGAGAACGCCGAGCUUCACGACGCGCCGGCGCACCCAGAGCUUCCGCAAGCAUCAGCGCAUCGAGAACGUGGACUCGCUGCCGCCCGUCGAGAUCCAGGGCGUGCUCGAGCGCAAGCACGAGCUGCAGAGCGGCGGCAAGAAGGCCGCGGUGCGCUCCUGGAAGCCCUACUACACGGUGCUGUGCGGCCAGCUGCUCUGCUUCUUCAAGGACAUCGAGGACUUCCAGGCGAGCAAGGCCGCCACCGCGCCCAUCAACAUCUUCAACGCCACGUGCGAGCGCGCCGAGGACUACACCAAGCGCAAGAACGUCUUCCGGCUGAGGUGCACCGACGGCUCGGAGUUCCUCUUCCUCACCUCGAGCAAGCAGGACAUGGAGGACUGGGUGAACAAGAUAUCGUUCCACGCCAAGCUGCCGCCGAGUCUGCAGCUGAUGAGCUACGACGACUCCCAGAAGGACAACUUCAAUGCCAAUCAGCAGUCGUCACUGGCGAGCCGCGAGCACCCGGAGGACGCGCUGUCGACCGGCAGCUCGCACGCCUCGACGCCCGAGAUGGAGCGCAAGAAUUCCGUCAUCAGGCGAGACGUCGUCGUCACCACCCCGAACAAGCCGCAAAACGACAAUCAACAGAUGCAGAUGCAUCAUUCGCCGCUGCAACAACAGCAACAACAGCAGCAACUUCAUCAGCAGCAGUUGCAGCAGAAGCAGAUGCAGAACAAGAAGCGCCUCGAGGCCAGUCCCGUCGGUGCGAGAUCGCCAGCGCAGCAGCAGCUGCAAUCCACCGACAGCCAGACGCAAAAAGAGUUCCUGCAGAUGUACCUGCAGCAGCAGCAUCAGACCCGCAUGUCGCCUCAAGCGAGGCAGCAACACAUCCAGCAGGAGAGUCACUACGUGAAUCAUCCGGUGGACAAGCCACCGAUUCCACCGAGGGCCGCCCCGCCGCCGAUCCCGGCUAGAUCUCCGAGCUUUGACAACAUGCCGAUCAGACGAAUCAGUGAUGUCGAUCUUUAUGGAAAUCAGCAGCGACCGCAGUCGUACGCGCCGGGCAGCGGUAACAUGAACCUCAAUGGGAACACGACGUAUUUAAAUGACGGUAAUUGGCAUAGAUCGCCUCAUCAUAACGAUCACAAUCCCACCCUCCAUCACAUCCAACAUCAAGGUAUUCGAACUGCCAAAAUAGUACCCCCAUUGCCACAAACUGCUCCGCCACCAUCAAACAAAAUUGCUCAUUGGAAUAAUCCACAUGACAAUGCUUACGGCAAUCUUCCAGUUAAUGCGAGACCGAUACCGGCCCAGCAUCCAAUGACCACGUUCCAAGGUGGUAGACCGACGUCGCUGCCGCCGUACGUGGCGCCGCCGAUGGCCUCGCCACCGCAGCAGAACAUUUCUCCCUCACCGCAGAGCAUCUCGAUGGUGGACGGCAGUGUCGGCAGACGCGCCUCCGAGAGCGGCUCCGAAAGCGAGCACAGCUUCAAUUCUCGCGGCAAGGACAAAGAUUACAAGAAGAGCAACAACAUGUUCGGAGGACUGUUCAGAAAGAAACCGAAGCACUCCAAGUCGUAAAAAUUAUAAUAUAACUAUAAAAAGAUGUGUUUAUUGUUUGUUUUGAAAGAUAAAUCAAUCCUUUUAGCGUUAUUUUACCAAUGGUUUUUAUGAUGCUGAGAGAAAGCUGAGUUUUUAUAUAUAUUUUUAUUACUCAUCGUUUCUGUCGUGUGCAUAAGAAUAUUAUUAGAAAUCUUUUUUUUUUCUAUAAUUAUAUUAUUAUUUUUUUUGCUGUUGACGAUGCUUAAAUAUUUUUGUUGAUCCUAACAUGAAGAAAGAAAAAUAGCUUUAUUUUUACCUAUGUGCCCUACGUUUAUGUAAAAGUAGAAUAUAGAGUGAGUAAAUGAAUUUCCGAUCGCUACAAUAGUGCAAUCAGCAUCGGAGCAUCGUGUAUGUUUGGUAAAUGCAUGAAAGAACGAUUCUACUACAAAAAAUGCUAUGUAUAUGACGAAAAUGAAAUCAAUGAGUGUAAGAAGAAGUUAUUGAGAGAAAUUAAUGCUCGACCUUAUAAGCGCCAACAGAUUUGUGUAUUUAUUAUUGUAAAGAUUACUAUAUAACAUAUAUGUGUUUGAAUUUGUGUUGAUAACUAUUGUAUAUUCCACAGAAAUUAUAUUCUAUAUAUGGGUUUAAAUAUUGUUUAACUAAUUAUGCUGUAUGAAAAAUAUCUGAUUCUUAUAAGUUUAUGGAUAUAGAUUAUCAACUAUUAAUCAUGCGUAAGAAUGGAAAUACUUUUGUGUAAAGUGUAUCGUAAUUAUUGUAUCCUUAUUGACAUAGUCCUAUAUAAAUCAUGUUUUGUUAUUAUUAUUUAUACUAUGCUUUGGGACGUAGUACUAAUAAAUUAUAAGUUUACAUAAUCAAGUCUAAUUUAAAAUAAAGACGUGACUGAUUGAAGUUA